AUGGGACAGCUCAUACAGCUGUGGAGGAAUGGGACAGCUCAGACACCUGUGGAGGAAUGGCACAGCUCAGACAGCCGUGGAGGAAUGGGACAGCUCAGACAGCCGUGGAGGAAUGGCACAGCUCAGACAGCCGUGGAGGAAUGGAACAGCUCAGACAGCCGUGGAGGAAUGGGACAGAGUCCAGCCGGGACCAGAGGAGAGAAGGGUGACAGAGGAGAGAAAGGUGCGAAGGGGGACCGGGGUAUCGCAGGAUCCAAAGGGGAAGCAGGAUCCGCCUUUGCUGGGUCUGGGUCUUCAGAGACAGGCCAGAAGGGAGAAAAGGGGGUGAAGGUCAGUGCUCCUUUCAUACUCUGGGCAGCCCUGGCAUUGGGAACAAAGGUAACAAAGGUGAUCGUGGGCUCCCAGGACCUCAAGGGCCUCCUGGAGCCCCAGGACUUGGAGCAGAGGUGGCCCGGCUCGGGGAUGGCUCUAUAG